AUGGCUCCAUUCAUCGUCGUCGACGGUGAUGAUUUGGCGGCUGAUGCCAUUUCAGACUCUGUUGAUGAGAUAGACUUGCCAGAAACCUGCCUUGACGGCGACGACAACUGGCACGCCUUCUACACCAUCAUGUCGUCCGACCCAGUGCACGGCGACAACGACGGUGACGUCCAGCUGCCGAACCCAGUGCAGCCACCCGCCUCAAAUGAGCCUCAGCUCAACCUCUCUUCAAACGGUAACAACAGCGUUACCUUCAUCGUUCACCCAGCAACAUCGCCAGCAACAGCGGUGGAGGAGCUUUUUGCGCCUCUUGACAUCGACGACGAGGACGACGAGGACGCGGCGGACAUCAAUGUCCAAGGCAACAGCCUUACACCUCCUUCAUCACCUCCUGCAUAUGGUGAAACAGUCCUCCAUUUUGGCGAAAUUGACCUGCCCUUCGUCCCCAUCGAGCAACAUGUCCCCGGCCACAACGACAUGACGAGUGGUGCGGUUUCUCACCUGGACGAAACGAGCACCGACUUGCUUAUGGAUGACAACACAAUCUGUACAUCUAGCAACGCAUGCCAAGUGGCACCUUACAAGGUCCUCCGACGACAUCGGCUCUUCAACAUCGGUCUGCCGUUGGCGGAUGAGGGUCGUCUGUACGACUUGCCGAGGGACUUCCUCACCACAUACCGCGGACUAGAUCGCGCAGUAGAAGAAUUUCGAGCCUGUGACGGAGACAUGAUUAACGAGAUGGACUCCGACACUGCACUGCUGGACAUGAUUGUCAAGAGGGGCGGGUUCACAAGCAACAGAUUCCAGGAGGUCGUGUACCCCGAAGAUAUCAUCCCGUUCGAAUACUUUCAACCAGCUCCCAGAGGAAAUUUCGAGUUGAGUGGAGAGGAGGAGGUGCAGGACGAGGAGUAUUGGGAGGAGAUCAAGGUCCAAGGCAAGAUUUGGGACGAGAUCUAA